AUGAGCAAUAACUAAAAUUAAAAAUCAAGUAAUAGUGAUUUUUAUUACAACGAUCUACUCAAUUAAAAUUUGUAACCAGCUAAUGAUGAUUAAGAAAAAUAUGAAGACAACGUGAUAAAAUUUUCUGAUGCAAGCGAGUCAAAGAAGAAUAAAUGCAUGCAAAAACUAAAAUCUAUUAUGAACAAUGAAAAAUUUAUAUUAGUUAUAUCUAAGUUAGUUGUUUUGCUGACUGGUAUGGUAGGACCUCUAUUUUUAUUUAUUCAAGAUAGUGAACUUUCAGAGUAUUAAACAUUUUUUGGAUAUCAGUAAUUGGAUAGAAAUGAUUAUCCUUUUUAGAAAGUAUUUUUUAGAUAUCUGAUAUUAGUUGCUUUCCUUUACUAUAAACAGUUAAAAGAAAAAUAACCAAAAAACUCACGAGAUUUCAUAAGCGGAUAGGAAACAACAUAAUACUCUCUUAAAGAGCAUGCCUUUUUAGGAUUGUUAGAUUUUGUGUAAGUUUAGUGUUUUGUUUUCAGUUUAGGAUAUACUUCAGUAUUGAGAGCUUAUCUUUUUAGUGGCAUUUAAUUAGCCAUUUUGCUUUUACUUAAAAAGAAAGAGGGAGCUUAAAUUUACACUUCAGAAUAUGUUGCUUUUUUUAUGGCUUUGGCAGCUAAAAUUUCUAUUGCUUCAAUAAGAGUUAACUAAUUAAACAAAGAAGAAAGCCUCUUUUAUGGUGAUUUUGUUGCUUUAAUAGGUGGAUUUAUAGGCUCUCAAGCAUAUUUUAGAACAGAUUUUAAAUAAAAAGAUUAUUACAAUUUCUUAUAUCAAAAUCACUCAUUUUCUUUAGGAUACUCGCUAAUUUUCGUAAUUCUUUUUGACACCUCUGGAUUUUUAAUAGAUUUCGAUAAUAUUUAGAAUUUAUUGAUGCUUCUUUUGAUAGGAUGUAUAGAGUGUAUAGCUACUAUAAAAAAAAUAAAGACCUUCGUCUUUAUGAGAUACUUUAAAAAUAUAUUUGAGCCAUUUGUAGGAUUUAAAUUUGAGUAUUUGUUUGGAUUGCCAUUUUUAGACACUUGGACAAUAUUAAUUAUAUUUGGUGUUCUUUAUGUUCCAGCUAAUUUCAUAAUGCUUUCUAAGCAUGCUUCAGAUAUUAGAAAUAACACUAGACACAGAGAUUCAACUUUUGUAGAUGUAUUAAACUUUGAAGAGUAUAUAGAGAUGAAGGAGAUUCAUUCUCCAGAGCCUAUUAACAAGAGUAAAAGUAACUAAAAAAGUUGA